UCCGUCAAAUUUCACCUUCUCCGAGCUCAAAUCCUCACUCAUUCCCUUCCCCCUUCUGUCAGUACCGUUGACAUCUUCAUUCCUCCCUUUGUUCGAAGCCUUAGAUACCAACUCCCCUCAAAACUAUAGAAUAACCAGGGCCAAUGCCAGAGCUACCCAACCCCAAUCUCCACCUUCCCCCAAUCACUCUCCCCUUUCUCUAACGUAUGUCCAACUUCUUCCAGCCCUUACCAAACCCGAUGAGCUCGACAGACACCUCCGGCGAUGGCUUGGACCGAAGCUCCGGCGGUGGGCACUUCAGCUCUGACCACACCGGAGAGUUCAGAUACGGUGCCGGAGUUUCUGUUGGCAUCCUCCUUCUCAUCACCACCAUCACUCUGUCAUCCUACUACUGCAACCGAGCCAACACACUGAGACCAGCGCCGCCUGACAACGGUGCGACGUCCGCGGUGGCCGACGUGGAGGCCGGGAUCGACGAGGCCACCCUGAUGAACUUCCCCAAAGUGCUUUACUCCGAGACCAAGCUCCGCGACGAGGGGACGACGAGUUCAUGCUGCUCCAUAUGCCUGGCGGACUACAAGGAUUCCGACGUGCUGCGAGAUCUGCCGGACUGCCGGCACCUGUUUCAUGCCAAGUGCGUCGACCCGUGGCUGCGGUUGCAUCCGACGUGCCCCGUCUGCCGCACGUCGCCGCUGCCGACUCCCCUUCCGACGCCUCUGGCUGAGGUCGUUCCACUGGCAACGCACUCAUGACUUGAUAGCAUGGAGGUGUAGCAAGUUUUCAUUCUGUUUUUCUUGUAAUAUUGGGUUCAAGGUAGGAUUUUUCGCUGCAACUUAUGGAUGAUUAGAUUCAAGAAGAAGUGUUUCGCAAAGCAAUUCAUCGGAUUCAUGUGAAUUUCUUAAGGAAGAUGGAAGAGAAGGAGAUAGUAUGGGAUGUUGCAUGGAAUUUCAGAUUGGAAUUUGGCUCCUUCAGUUGGCAUUCCACUGUGUAUAAUAGGGAGAGGUUCACCAGAUAUUGCUCAAAAAAAAAGGGGGAAAAAGAAGGAAUCACAGAUCCCUUCCGGCCUUUUUUUGGAUAGGUCAAAAGAUGCAUGCGAGAAAUUAAUAUGGAUUCCUGUCCUAUGAAUACUGUUCCCAAAUCUGAUCAAUCUACCCCUCUUCUACUAAUGUCAUAAAAGAUUUCAAAUCA